GUGGUGGCCUUAAAGUUCAUCCCCAAGAUGGGGAGGUCUGAGAAAGAGCUGAAGAACUUGCAACGGGAAAUCGAGAUCAUGAGAGGCCUCCAUCACCCCAACAUCAUCCAGAUGCUCGACAGCUUCGAGACCGACAAGGAGGUCGUGGUGGUGACUGACUAUGCAGAGGGGGAGCUCUUCCAGAUCCUGGAGGAUGAUGGAAGUUUGCCUGAGGACCAGGUCCAGACCAUAGCUGCCCAACUGGUCUCUGCACUCUAUUACCUGCACUCCCAUCGCAUCCUGCACCGCGACAUGAAACCCCAGAACAUCUUGCUGGGCAAAGAUGGCAUCGUCAAGCUCUGUGACUUUGGGUUUGCCCGUGCCAUGAGCAUCCACACCAUGGUGCUGACCUCCAUUAAGGGCACUCCACUGUACAUGUCCCCUGAGCUGGUGGAGGAGCAGCCGUACGACCACACAGCGGACCUGUGGUCUGUGGGCUGCAUCCUGUAUGAGCUAUUUGUGGGCACUCCUCCCUUCUACACCAGCAGCAUCUUCCAGCUCAUCAGCCUCAUCGUCAAAGAUCCUGUCAAAUGGCCUGCAGCCAUAAGCCCAGCCUUCAAGAGCUUCCUGCAGGGACUACUAAUGAAGGACCCCCGCCAGCGCCUGUCGUGGCCAGAGCUGCUCUCUCACCCCUUCAUUGCUGGACAGGUUACUGUGAUUGAUGACACAGAAGAGCAUGGGAUCUCAAACCCCUUCACCACUAAGCUGUCCCCAGAGCUGCAGGCCCUGAAGGAGCAGCAAGCCCAUACCCUGGCCCCCAGGAGCGGCCAGUCCAGGAUCCUUAGAAGGGCCCGGCAGAAGAUGGUUGAGGAGGCACAGAAAAAGGGGCAACUGAAGGCGGGUGAUGCAUCCACGAAGGACUCUGGCAAAGGAUGCCCAGGGCAAAGACCCAGAGCAGCUCCAGGGAAGGCAGCCCGUGGGGAGGGGGAGCCAUCGCCUGCCUCCAACAAGAAGAACACUGGUGUCCUGCAAGGAAAGAGCAGCAUGGCAGUGUUGGAGUUGGAGGAGCCUCCUCCCAACCCAUGGCAGCACAGCAUCACUCGAGACUACGAGCGGGAGUUUCCUGAAGCAGGUGCCUCUCCGCAGCCUGGUGCUGGCAGGGCAGAGCCCCAAGGCAGGCACAGCAUUGAGAUCGUGGACCUGGAGAAUGAGGAGCUGGAGAGCGAUGAGGAGUGGCAACACCUGAUCGAGGCCACUGAGCCCUCGGCCAUGCAGCUGAGUACACCAUUGAGCCUCUUGAGGGACCCGGCCUUCCGGCACCGUGUCCAGACCCGCCUGGCAGACUCUGCUCAGCAGGUGCUGGAAGGGAUGCUGGAGGGAGCCUCCCGUCUCCGUCCUGUGCUCCGUGUCGUGGGCAACCUGCUGGCUACCCGGUGUGACUCUGAGCUGCUGGACCACUUCUGCCGAGAGCUGAAUGUACCUCUGUCCCUGCUGUGUCUAGCCAAGCAGAUCCUGGAGAGUGGUAGCACCAAGCAGCAGCCCUGGUGUAUCACGGUGCUGACAGACCUCCUCAUCGUGACCACAGUUUAUUUCAGCAGUGAAUGCAGCCUGGAGGAGAGUGGGCAAAAGGACAGCCUACAGGCCUUCCAGGAGAGUGUCAGCUGCUUCCUAGCUCUGCUGCCGAAGCUGCUGGCCGAGCCAGCCGACAGCGAGAUGAGAGUCUGCCAGCAAGGCGUCCUGUGCUUCACCCUGCUCUGUGAGAGCCUGGAUGCGACAUACCCCUCCAUCUCUGCCCCCUUCUAUGCCAGCCUGCGAGAGGACCACCAGCCCCUUCUGAACAGACUCCUUCAGGGAUCCAUCUCAGAGCAGCCUGCUCUGCGAGGUGCAGCGAUGGAGGCCAAGUCAGCCCAUGACCAGAGCCCACAUGUGGCAGACCUCUUCACGGCUGCAUUGGCUGCUGCCUGCAGCAUCCCUCUGGAGAGGAACAGCUGUCGGGAAGCCAAGCAGCAGGUGGCUCGGGAGGUAGCUGAAAAGCUUAUGGAGCGAGAGAGCCAGCAGCUUGGGAGACUGCUGCGGAGACUGGAGCACCCAAGCUGCUCCUUGAAUGUUCUGAAGAUCCUCUAUGCUGGCUGCCAUGCCAGCCUGAGCCUGUGUCAGCACCUGGGAAGGAGCCAACGACUGUGGAGUUCCCUUAUGCAACUCUCGAAGGGCAAGGUCACCAUGGCAGAGGUGGCCCAGGGGGCAGCCUGCGAAGCCUCUCUGUACCUGCUGGCCCUGCUCAGCCUGCAGCUCCAGGCCUCCCCUCCCAGGCUUGAGGAGGUGGUUACCCUGGCUGUGGAUCUUAUCACCCAGUCUCCUGUCGUCUCCCUUGUGGGUGCUGCAGCGUUCCUGCUGACACAGCUCAGUCAGCAUGGGGUGGCCUUGGAGCUUGGGGGAGAAGAGAUCCUACCGGUGGUGACAAACGCGCUGACAGCACCUGCUGAGAGCCGUGGACCAGAACCCUUGGGAGCCAUGGGGGACCAUGAAGCCCUCCAACAUUUGCCUCCCCACCUCUAGGAGGAUGUGGCCAUGGAGCAGGGCUUUGCCACAUCAGAACUGUGGAGCGUGGUGUGGCAUUGUGUUGCUGUGGUGCUUCGUGUGGGCAGCGACAGGGCAGAGCUGGAGGAAGACCCCCCAGGGGCAGGUCACCCUGCAGAAGAGCCGGACUGGAACCUCCUCUCCCCUCAAGGCACCCUGCUCUUCCUCAGCCUGGCCCUCUUCAUCUUCACUCGUGAGUCCCACCGAUGCCUGCCUCAGUUCACCCAGUCCCAUGGUGUCCUCAUGGUGACACUGAAGAGGCUGCUGUCCCCUGACUUCCUGGCAUGUCUGGCACAGACGCAAGUGGGAGAGGAUGGGGACCCUGAGCUUGUUCCAGCUGUGGUGAUCCAGGCCUGCCAGCUCCUCUGUUUCCCUUUUGCCCUGGAUGUAGAUGGAGAUAUCUUAGCAUUGGUCAUGGAGGCUGUGAGAGACACCCAGAUCCCUGCCCAGCUGCUGCAGGUCUGCUCUUGCCAUCUGCCCUUCUCAUACACUGAGCUGCCCAUGAGCCUCUUGUGCCACCUCGUUGUGUCUGAUGAGCAGGUCAUAGACCAAAUAGUGAGGGAAGCUGCCGCCUCAGAACACGUCAUUGCCUUCUUGACAUCUGCCUUGUUUUCAGACAACCUCACACUCACAACUGACCUCCUGUCUCUCUUGACCCAUGUGGCCCGGGCCUGUCCAGAGCACCUGCCCUUUCUUCAGAGGAUCCUGAGGUGCUCGUCCCAGCCACUGACUCGCCUGCUCGGCCACCAGCAACACCUGAUACGGGCCAAAACCUGCAGCCUGGUGGGCAACCUGCUCCGACACAGCCAUGCCUUUCCCCAGGCGCUGCAGAGCCAGCCCAGCUUGCUGGAGAGCCUGCUGGGGUGCCUGGCGGACCGGGAGGAGAGCGUCCGCAAGGCAGCCAGCUUCGCAGUGGGCAAUGCCGCUUACCACGAGUCCUUCCCGGCUGGGACGCUGGGCAGGGCCGUGCCCCGGCUGACGCGGCUGUUGAGCGACGCACAGGCCAGAACGCGCUGCAAUGCGGCCUCAGCCCUGGGCAACCUGGGCAGGCGCUGGGUGGAGCUGGGAGACCUGCUGAUCCAGA